GAGCUGAAAAUCUUAAAGUUGUGAUCGGUGAAAGAAAGAUCCGGACUAUGAAAGAGCGCAGUGGCUCAAACCUGCCGCAUGGUGCUGAGACGAAGCAUGCCGAAGAGUUUUCUCUCUUUCCAAUAAAGUUAUUAUUUUUGCUUCUUAACCUGCUUUGCAUUCAGAGCGGCUCUGGUCUUGUUUUCAGUCGCACUGGCAGCUGAGUGCUAACAUUUUUUUUUUUUUUUUUUUUUAAAGACAAUUUUUGAAGACAUUUGCGAAACUUCUCUGUAAUCUUCAAGGCGUUAAGAAACACGGAAAAACAACGCGCCUGUAACUUUUUUUUUGUCGUCUCCACGCGCUUUUACGCACGCGCUCCACUGAACUGUGGAACAACGGACAGACUCUCUAACUGUGAAGUGAUUUUAUUUCACCAGCAGGAUUUUAAAAGGUUUAUUUAAUGGUUAUGGUGGCGAACAACCCAGACCUGCCGCCCAUCGACUGUACCGACUCCUGUGAGAUGGAGGCGGACGCGGACGCCUCGCGGACCCCGGGCUCCCCGCACGCGACCGGGGACGUGGCGUGGUGCAAGACGCCCACCGGCCACAUCAAGCGGCCUAUGAAUGCGUUCAUGGUAUGGUCGCAGAUCGAGCGGCGCAAGAUCAUGGAGCAGUCUCCUGACAUGCACAACGCAGAGAUCUCCAAGCGACUGGGAAAGCGCUGGAAGCUCCUGCGAGACUGCGACAAGAUCCCGUUCAUCCGCGAGGCCGAGCGCCUCAGACUCAAACACAUGGCAGACUAUCCGGACUACAAGUACCGGCCGAGGAAGAAGGUCAAGACAUCCGCUAGUGCAUGCAAAGCUGGCGGGGAAAAGGGGGACAAGGGGGUCACCAGUGGCGGGAAGUCAUCAUCCAAAAAAAGCCACGGCUCUAAUAAAUCUCCCGGCAGGACGCACAAGAAGUCUGGCUCUCUCGAAGCCGUCAGUGAUGCGCUUUAUAAACCGCGGGCAGCGUCUUCUGCAAAGCAGAUACCGGACAAGCCGGUGAAGCGCGCUCACUCAGGCUCAGAAAGCCUCGCCCCCUCCGCCGCCGUGCCCGCGAGCCCGACACUGAGCAGCUCGGCUGAGUGCGGAGAGCCACCGAGCCUCUACGAUGACGCGGGGACGCGCUUCAAACACGCUCGCGCCUCCUCUCCGACCCCGUCCGCCUCGCACUCCUCCUCUUCCUCCUCCUCGCACUCCUCGGAUGAAGAGUUUGAAGACGACCCGCUGGACUUCGACCCCAGUCCCGGUGGCUUUAGCGGCGGAUUCGGUAGCGACACGUGCCUGGACCGAGACUUGGACUUCGGUUUCGAGUCGGGCUCCGGCUCGCACUUCGAGUUCCCGGACUACUGCACGCCCGAGGUGAGCGAGAUGAUCUCGGGUGACUGGCUCGAGUCCACCAUCUCUAACCUGGUGUUCACGUAUUGAGCCCAGAUCUUAAGACUUGGCGUUGAGAACAACAACAAAAAUAAAUAAAUAAAUAAAUAAAUAAGUAAGUAAAUCCCAAGCGUCCUGCGACGUGCAAGGCGACGCGACUGAACGACGCGAAUCCCACCUGUUUCAUAUUAAAACGCUGUGGGCUCUCACACGCAGAUGAAAAACAGAUUUACAGAAAAGGAAAGACAAAAAGGAGGAUGCUAGAAGUUGUUAGUGCGAGCAGGAAGAGCUCAGAAGUUGCACAGAGACUUGUGGAGGCUGAGAUUGUCGUCAAAAGGGACAUUUUAUAAUCGAUAAAGCUGAUCGCUGAUGGACUGAAAAGGUGAGCGAUUAGUUUAGUGUGACUAAACCGGGCUCCGAAAUGAACUGAAUCGCAUGAUGAGUACGGUUUUGCCUGUGAAGUGCGAGCCGUAUCGGUUUUUAAGAAAAAGAAGAAGAAGAAGACAAAAAAACAAAAAAAAAAACAAACAAAACUAUCACCAGCUUUUUUCCCGUUAACGAGAUGUCAGGUGUUUAAGCGCAACUCAGACGGUUCAGCUUUUUUUCCUUACACUACAGAUCAGGACCAAAAUACGUCCGAGAAGCGUGCUCUCUCUCUCUCUCUCUCUCUCUCUCUCUCUUUCUCUCUCUCGCUGUUUUUUAUUUGAACCUCUCCACCCUGUCAAUCCCUCCUUUCUAACCCAUUUGUGCUCAGAACAAACAAUUUUAUACCAAUGUAUUUAUAACGCUCCAGAUGUUUGCGUUUGCAUUUUUGUUUUUUCUUUUGUGUUUGUUUUCAGACAAAAAAAAAAUAAAAAAAAAUAAAAAUAA